AUGGAAACCCUUCCAGGUAGACCGGGGAAUUUAACCCCCGAGCAGGAUGAGAAGCUGCGCAAGUUCUGGGAGAUGUUUUUGCAGGUAUGCGCCGUGAUUGGCGAGGAGGGGACAGCUGAAUCAGAGACCGCCUCUGAGGCACCGGGGAAAGCCAACAACUCGGGAUCCGAAAAACCUAAGAAGAAACGAAUGUCCCUUUUUAAGAAGAAGAAGGACAAGGAUAAGGAUAGCAGUAGCACGUCUUCCAAGAGUUUUGCCAUGGAUAGUAUCAAAGAGAAUGACCCUGAAGAUAAAUGGGGCGAGAACAAGACCUAUCUCGAGACCCUCGCUACACAUUCGCCAGAGCAGAUAAGAGCCACGAUUUGGUCUAUGGUGAAACAUGACCAUCCUGACGCCCUUCUCCUCCGCUUCCUCAGAGCUAGAAAAUGGGAUUUGCAACGAGCACUCGUUAUGCUCAUGUCGACUAUGAACUGGAGAUGCUCGGACUCGCGCGUUGACGAAGAAAUUAUGGUGAAUGGCGAGGAAUAUGCCGCCAUCAACGAGAAAACAGCUGAGGGGAAGAACAAGAAAUUAGCAGAGGAUUUCCUAUCGCAGUUGCGGAUGGGGAAGAGUUAUUGCUAUGGAACCGACAAAGCAGGGAGGCCCAUCUGUUUUGUUAGGGCCCGCCUGCACAGAGCGGGCGAGCAAUCAGAAGAGGGUCUCGAGCGAUUCACGGUCUACCUUAUCGAGACAACCCGGUUUAUGUUAUCCCCCCCUGUCGACACUGCUUGCGUCGUCUUCGACCUAACCGGAUUUUCAUUGGCCAAUAUGGACUAUGCGCCAGUUAAAUUCAUGAUCAAGUGCUUCGAGGCGAACUACCCCGAGAGUCUAGGGGUAGUCCUUGUACAUAAGUCCCCGUGGGUCUUCCAAGGCAUCUGGAAGAUUGUUCGUGGAUGGCUUGACCCGGUAGUCGCAAGCAAGGUGCAUUUCACCAACACUCUCAAGGACCUGGAAGAGUUCAUUGCAGCGGACAAGGUACCAGAUGACCUGGAAGGCACGUCAGGCUACUCGUACCAAUACGUGGAACCCGUACCUGGCGAGAAUGCCAAAAUGAAGGAUAUCGAGACCAAGCAGAAACUCGUGAAAGAACGUGAGGCACUGUACGAGGAGUACGAGAGCAAAACAAUCGAGUGGAUCAACGAGACCGACGCCACGAAGAGAGCGGCCCUACACUCGGAGCGCGACGCCGUCGCCAAGCAGCUGAGGGAACAGUACUGGCGUCUGGACCCCUACCUCCGAUCGAGAUCCCUCUACGACAGGAUAGGGGUCAUCAAAGGUGAUGGAAAGCUCGACUACUACCCUUCCAAGACAGCACCAGCCACCACCACCACCACCACUAACGGAACCGCGGCGGCUUUGGCAGCGGGAGAGACGUCGGUGGAUGAUCUGGAUUGA